UCUUCUAACGAUUUGGAUACCAAUAUUCGAGAUCACAUUUGAGGCCUUUCACCGCUCCCCUGACUUGUCACUCUCCUGAGGACAUGAGGUUAUAAUAUUGAGCAGAUACGGGUUUUUUUUCAGCUCGAAAGCUAGGCCUUUCAUAGGCAAACUCCAUCCCAUUCUUUACUUCUGCUGUUUUUAUAUUUAUUUCAUAAUGCAACUAUCACUUCGUAUAGCAGGCAUCGUAAGCCUGCUGGCAGGUACAACCGGAGCCAUACAAGUAGACUGGAAUAGCGAUGAUUCCGUCAAAGAUGCAGCAAGUACCGUCGCUUUCGGCUUGUUAAAAUAUUAUACGGGAAACAACACAGGCGACACUCCUGGUAACUUACCGGAUCCCUAUUUCUGGUGGGAAGCGGGUGCUAUGUUUGGUACGUUAGUUGACUAUUGGUUUUAUACUGGCGACGAGACGUAUAACGCCGUGACAAUGCAAGCGUUGCAACAUCAAGCAGGCGAAGAUAGAGAUUACAUGCCUCAAAAUCAGACGAGGUCACUUGGAAACGACGAUCAAGGAUUUUGGGCUAUGUCUGCGAUGACUGCCGCCGAGGAUAAUUUCCCGAACCCACCGGAGGACCAGCCGCAGUGGUUAGCAUUGGUUCAGGCCGUCUUUAAUGAAUAUGUAACUCGAUGGGAGACGGAAACAUGCGGUGGUGGUUUGCGGUGGCAGGUGUUUACGUUCAACAAAGGAUAUACCUACAAGAACUCCAUCUCCAACGGUUGUUUCUUCAACAUUGCCUCACGCUUGGCCAGAUAUACAGGGAACCAAACGUACGCCGACUGGGCCGACAAAGUCUGGGAUUGGAUGACAGAGGUUAAAUUUAUCGACGACGACUUCAACGUUUAUGACGGAGCAGGCGUCGAGAACGGCUGUACCGAAAUCAACAAGGCGCAGUGGACAUACAACGCCGGCAUUUUCCUACAGGGGGCCGCCAUGAUGUACAAUUUGACUGAACAGGAUGUCUGGAAACAGCGAGUGGAAGGCUUGGUGAAUAGGACGAACGAAUAUUUCUUCGAUAAUGGAAUCGUGGUCGAGCGGCCGUGUGAAGGCUUUAACUCUUGCGAUUACGAUCAGCAAAGUUUCAAGGGUUACCUUAUGCGAUGGAUGGCCUCUGCAUCGCAAAUGGCUCCGUUUACCUUUGAUACGCUCAUGCCAUUGAUCAAGUCAUGCGCGGGGGCGGCAGCACUGCAAUGUUCUGGUUCGCCGUCAGCUGACUUAUAUAAGGGCCCGGCUGGUACAGCGUGCGGCUUCAAGUGGACAGAAAAGGAAAAGUUUGACGGUCUUGUUGGUGUCGGAGAGCAAAUGAGCGCAUUGGCUGCUAUCCAAUAUUCGCUAGUCAAGAAGCAGAGCGCAGCACCGUUGACUGCAACAACGGGCGGGACGUCCGUCGGUGAUCCCAAUGCUGGGCGGCCGAUGGAUGCGUAUAUGCCCAGUCCGACGCCCAUCACCACGGGAGAGAAGGUAGCGGCCGGCUUCAUGACAAGUGCGAUCGCACUCGGUGUUCUAAGCGCGUGUGUCUUUGUGAUGAAAGAUUAAGCAGCCCGUGCCACCCGCUGACGAAAGAAUGGGGGAUAUUUAUUACCUAGCCAGUAAUU